GAUGUAAUUUCGCCGGGUCAUAGGCAGCCAGCAGGAGGUCAUUUGCGGUGACCGCACCACCCUCCACGGGGACAGUGGGGUUCUCGUGAGUAAACUUGACCGAACGUAGGUCGUCCUGUAUUGUCCGCUGUGAGUCUUGUGAGUCCGGUGCAGCCAUGGCGAGGCAGACGUGGUCGCUGGUUUGGGGAGGCUGUUGCAAAGUUUUUCCGUUGGCCAAGGCGAAGGCAUGUGGUAACAUAACAAUUAGAAAAAAUGCUGCCAACGUCCCUCAGGGCCUCGCGCGCCUCACUGCUACAUUUUCGGACAGAUGCACACCGCCUGGUAAUGAACCGAGCUGGCCGUUUGGGUCUUUUACAUACUAGGUCUGUACCGCGUUCAUUGCCCGUGGACAUCCGGCUCGGACGAAUUUCCUGCCACCGUCAUCUGGCCAAAAGAUGGGCAACAUCAACGACGCCACACUCCACAGCUUCUGAUCCCGCAGACAUCGAAGCGAUGCGGUGUCUGGAGCAGGGCACCCAGAAACUCGAGGAGAAUGACCUCCAGGGUGCCAAAGAGCUGUACAGACGUAGCGUAGAGAUCAAGCGAAGCGCGAGCUCCCUCUUCAAUCUUGGCGUUACGCAUUAUCACCUGAAAGAGUUCGACGAGGCUAUUGCGGCAUGGAAAGAAUCCAUAGAACUGCAACCCGAUAGCUCUGAUGUACACACCAACCUUGCGAGCGCGUACAUAAUAUCCCCUGUUUCGCGGCCAGACCUCGCACUACAUCACUUACACAUUGCGGCGUCACUUGCACCAGAGGACCCUGAGAUUGCCUUCAAUCUCGCUGCGGUUUUGGAAGCGACUGGACAGCUCGAAGAGGCGUUGACUUAUUACAAACGCGCGCAAGAGAACGGCGUUGAGCGUGCGGCAAUGCACAUUCGAAACGUUAGCGCAAAGAUUCUAGGCAAGAAGCUGAAAGCGGUUCAGGAAUCAGACCGGCAAGGAGAGCCAGACCUACCGAAGAAACCGGAUUCAUGACCCCGAACCCCUGAGUCACUUGUUCCCCGCGGUACACGUGGAGUGGCAGACCCAACCCCACGCUUAUUGCGCAACUGUAUGUCUUCACCGAAAGGGAAGAGCAACGUUGUUACCGUCAGCUUUCGGACCAUGGAAUUCGCUAAUAG